GAGGAUCUUGCACCCUUCUGUGUACAAGAUUACAAACCCUUGUUUUUCUCUCCUGCGUUUUCUCUCUUGACUCACUCAAAAGGAGAGAUUCGGACGAGUGAGUGAGGUCUUCUAAGUUCCAUCUCUUGCUGCUGGCCGCACAUCAAUGGGGUUCAUUUCAUUUAUAGGCAGAGUUCUUUUCGCUUCCGUCUUCAUUCUUUCCGCAUGGCAAGAGUUCAAUGAAUUCGGGGUUGAUGGUGGGCCAGCAGCAAAAGCUCUUAGACCGAAGUUUGAUGUUUUGACAAAUCAUGUGACCUCUAACCUUGGGGUGCAAGUACCUGAAAUUGAAAUUAAACAUUUGGUUGCGGGGGCGGUAGCUUUGAAGGGUAUUGGAGGCAUUUUCUUCAUCUUUGGCAGCUGUUUUGGUGCAUACCUCCUGGUUAUACAUCAGUUGCUUGCUACUCCUAUUCUAUACGACUUUUACAACUACCACCCUGACAAGAAAGAAUUUAUUCAGCUUUUUGUCAAGUUUACACAGAACUUGGCGCUUCUUGGGGCAUUGUUCUUUUUCCUAGGAAUGAAGAACUCUGUUCCAAAGAGACAGCCCAAGAAGAAAGCUCCCAAGGCAAAAACAGUCUAAAACAAAUGGGUAUUAUAAGGUGGAGGGACAUUUAUUGGUGUUGGCAGCUCCUGGUCGAUUAUAGACAUUCGUGAUGUUGAUCGCCUAGGAUUCGUCAAGGUGGUAUUCAUUGAGAUCUACUUCUGUAUUCUAGUAUUAGACUUUUUUCUUCCUUUUUUAUUGUUUAUUUUCCUUUUUGAGGUGAUUUUGCAUCUUAUAGGUUAACUUUAUGAACCUUCUCCGAAGUUGAGGUUUAGAUAACUUGCUAUUUAUCAAAUUAAGGGUCUUUUCCUUGUGUUGGUUGCUCAUGAAGUAUUGCUAAAAAGUAGUUCCUUUUGGUCA